AAUAGGUACGGUAGCGACAAACACAACAGUUGAGCUCAGCAGGAAAACGGAUGCCUUUUUCGAUCUUGUCUUCUUUUUGACAUUUUUUUUGUUCUUUUUUAAUAUCUAAAGUUGUAAAAGCAACAAGAAUGAAAUUCAAAACCGUACUUGAGGGUCAACAAGCAAUAGUCACUGACCAUUUAGGAAAGGUAGAACUUAUCGUAGGACCGCAGAGGGUGUUUUUAUAUCGUAAACGCCUCACUGUUUUGAGAGAUUAUACUGCUAAUAGGAGAGAGUACCUAGUCAUUCAUGAUAAAGAUGGACUAGUCACACAUAAACCUGGGCCAUGUCAGGUAUUCUUGAACCCUUAUCUGCAUGAAAGCAUCAAAGUGGAGCCGGCCAUUAUACUGGACGGCACGCAGCUCCUCGUUGUCUACAAGAAAUCCCAUGAUAACGUUGUCACCAGAAGACUAGUCAAUGGCCCUCAGGUGUUUAUUCCAGAGGCAGAGGAGUGGUUCCAUGAAUUUACUUGGCAUGGACCGUCUCCAGAUGACAAGACCAAAAUUGUAAAAUGCCAGCGCAAGUUCACAAAGCUUACAAUCAUCCCAGAAAACAUGUAUUAUAACGUUACUGACGUACGAACUCAAGAUGACACAACACUGACCUUGAAGAUAAUGCUCUUCUAUGAACUAAAAGAUGCUGUUACUAUGUUAACCAUGACCCAUGACCCUAUUGCUGAUCUCAUCAAUGCUUUGUGUGCAGAUGUGGUCGCAUUCGCUGCUAAUCUAAGUUAUGCAGCUUUUUUAGGACAAAGUAGCGAUUUGAGUUGCCUUAAGUCGUAUCCUCAGUUGAUUCAAAGGGCGGAACGAAUUGGUUUUGAAGUUAACAAGGUUGUUUAUCGUGGUUACCAGGCUAGUUCACAACUACAGAAUAUGCAAGACAAUGCCAUCAAGUCCCGCACACAGCUCCGACUGAACACAGAAGUUGAAGAGCGAGAACAGAAACUGGUUCAGUUCAGGUUACAGCGAGAGGAAGCUAGGAGUAAACUGAAACAGGAGAGGCAGCUGUCUGAACACGAGCAUGCGCAGGCACUUGACCGCAUGACACAAGAACACGACCUACAGUUAGCCAGCUUAGACCACCACCAGAACGUGGAAUUAACACAACUGGACACGCAGGCAAAGCUAGAACUUGAAGAAGCCAAAAACAAAUCUGAAGAGGAUUUCCUGAGAGAACUGAGUAAACUGAAGGUGGACAUGACAAAGUACUUGGUCAACCAGCAUCACUUUGAGAUCAACAAGGAAGUGAAUGUGGUUAAUUUGAAUUAAUCUGACCUCUACAUAAGAUUGCAAAAUGUUGAAAGAAAAGAAAGAAGCAUGUGUGUUAUUCAGAAUAACCACAGGAAUACAGUUUGGUUUACUUCUUUAACAUCUGUCAUAGUACUUAGUAAGUUAAAUAAAUUUACUAUGUGAUCUUAUCAAUACACAUAUUCAGUGGCGUAGAAAAGUAUUUUUCAUUGGUGGGGGGGGGGUGAUUGAAAAUUCUUGGAAUUGACAUAAAAUUACUGAUGUCGUACACACCCUUCAGUGUGAAAAUGUGGCUUGCUUUGCAAGC